GUUCGAUUUGAUCCGAUCCAAUCUAAUAUAUAACGCACUAUAUAUUCUUCGACUGCUUUUCGCGCUCCGCCAACGUUUCGCGUGUUUUUAUUGCCGCCACUGCCCUUUCUAUCCCGGUUUUCAACUGAAAUUUGCACGUUCAAACCUCAUCGAAAAACAAGCACAAGCAAACACCAGCAGAAACAGCCAAAACAGCCAGCAAAAUGUCGGAGCCGAUGUCCAUCUGUCACAAGUGCAAUGAGGUCAUCCAGCAGCGCAUCAUCACCGCUCUUGGCAAGACCUGGCAUCCGGAGCACUUCGCCUGCAAGGACUGCCAACGCCCCAUCUCCGAGGCCACCUUCAACAUCCAGGCGGAUGAGCCCGUCUGCUCCGACUGCUUCGUGAAGAACUACUCGGGCACCUGCUCCGGAUGCAAGCAGCCCAUCCUGGAGCGCACCAUCAAGGCCAUGGAGAAGUCGUGGCACGAGGAUUGCUUCGUGUGCAACGGACCCUGCAAGAAGCCGCUGGUGGGCACCUCCUUCUACGAGCGGGAUGGCCAUCCCUACUGCCGGGCGGACUUCGAGCAGCUCUUCGCCGCCAGGUGCGCCGGCUGCGGAAAUCCGAUUACGGAGAACGCGAUCGUGGCGCUCAAUGCCAAGUGGCAUCGGGAGUGCUUCCAGUGCAAGAAAUGUAACACACCCAUCACGGCCAGUUCCUUUGCCGUCGAGGACAACAAACCGCUGUGCACGGCCUGCUCCGGUUAAGGAGUCCGGAGUCCGUAGUCCGGAGUCCCAACCAUUCACAUCGCUAUCUAUGUAUAUUAUCUAUUCUUAUGGUAUUUGUAGUAAUCCAAUUUGUUGAGCCAAUCGCCGAGGAACGCAGCAAGCAGCAGCAAGGUCGUGGAAAUGGGAAAAUUGAAAAUUAUGAAAAUUCCAAUACAUUUCGGUGUUGAAAGAAAUUUACAUUUUGAUGGACAGCAACACGAGAAGUGCAUUCAAAUGGGGUGGAGAAUGUAUGUUGGUGGUGGAAGAGGAGGGGCAGGAGGGGGAGGGGUUGUUUAUGCUUAAAAUAAUUAUAAUUGUCUUUCUCUCUUUAUCUUUCGCUAUCUCACUCACUCACGCCCACAACCACGCCCCACUCACUGCGAUUCUCCACUCGAAAAUUCAAUCGCGAACGUUGUCGUACUGCACAAAAGUAUCUGAUAAAUACAAAUUAAUCUUUGAAUCAUUGUUGAUAUCUCUUACAAAUAAACAAAAUACAAAUAA